GUCGGCACUUGUCAAAGUUUUGUAGUCUGCUAACAAGAGCAGAAGUGCUUCCUUAAAAUUUGAGUGUAAUUUAAGUUUAAUUUCAAAAUUAUUCAGUUUCUUUUUCAUUUUUCUCGAAAAAAAAUACUUAAGAACGAAUUCUAGUAUAAAUUAAAUAGUUUUGUAUUAUUUUUUCAUAAAACUAUGUUAAAAUUUCUUGUCUUCCACCCAACAUUCGUAUUUCUCUUGUUGAUUAUCACUUGUCAAGUAUUUGGCAAUAGAAAAUCGAAAAUAACUGACGAAGAAUUAUUUGCCACUCAAUUACCGCCAUGUGCUGCUUGCAAGGAGCUUAUAAAAUCUUUCAUAGGUGGGAUGAAUGCGACAAAACGUGGUAAAUAUGAAGGAGGCGAUAGUGCAUGGGAGGAAGAUAAAUUAGGAUCAUAUUCACGUAGUGAAUUACGUUUCACGGAAAUUCAAGAAUUAAUGUGUAAGGACGUGAAACAGGGUAAAAAUCAAUGUCACUAUUUAGCCGAUGAAUAUGAAAAUAUUUUACAAGAAUGGUGGUUUAAGGAACAGGACAAACAAACAGAUAUUUAUGCAUUUGUUUGUAUUGAAAAAUUAAAACACUGUUGUCCAGAUAAACAUUUUGGUAAAAAUUGUGAUUCAUGUCCUGGUUAUCCUGAUAAAGUUUGUCAUAAUAAUGGCAAAUGUAAAGGUUCAGGAACAAGAAAAGGAAAUGGACAAUGUUUAUGUGAAAAAGGUUAUGCAGCGAGCGAUUGUUCUGAAUGUGAUAGUGGAUUUUAUCAAGUUUAUAAAGAUGAAAAUAAAUUUUUAUGCACUGCCUGCCAUUCAUCGUGUGCUGGACCGUGUAAUGGUCCUGGACCCAGAAAUUGUAUUAAUUGCUCAAAAGGAUGGCAAUUUGUCAAGGAUAAAGGAUGUUUAGAUAUUGACGAAUGUAUUAUGAGCGAAAAACCAUGUAAAACAAAUCAAUUUUGUGUUAAUGAAGAGGGAUUUUAUAAAUGUUUAGAAUGUGAUAAAGUUUGUAACGGAUGCAUUGGUGAUGGACCAGAUAUGUGUAUUAAAUGUGCAGAUGGUUAUCAUAAAAAGGACAAUUUCUGUAUACAUUCAGAUACUCAUGGACGAAAGAAAGCUGAAAAUGUUACUCGAUAUAUAACAUAUUUUGGCCUCGUUGUGGCAACUUCAAUUAUUUUCAAAAGAAAUAUAUAUGCCGCAAGUUUUAUUGGAUUACUUGUAGGUUUAUAUAUCACAGUUUCGGAAUAUAUGGUUGCCAAUACAAAUAUUCAGGAUUCUAUUACAAAUCUCGAUAUUUUAGGCCCUGUUACGUAAUAAUUAGUAUUUUUCAAAUUAGGAAACAUUCACGUACUCACUAUUGUUCUUGAAACAAAAAACUUUUAUAAUUACAAAAGUGUUUCGUUACUUUAUGAGUACAUUCUCAGGAUCAUUGAAAAAUAUGUAGUUCAAUUUAUUUUUAAGUUUUAGGAAAACUUAGUGCAAAUUUAGAAUCAUUUUUUUUUUUUUUUUAAUAUUGAAGAAGAAUUAAGAAUUUUAAUUAAGUUAAGAAAUUGAAAAAUCUAAUUUCUGUUUUUAGGAAAUUAAGAUUUUUCUAAGGCUGAACGAAUAUGAUGAGUUUUAAAUGAAGUUACCAUAAUCUGAUUUAAAUAUUUUAAAAAAAUUUAUCAAUGAAUUUUACUGUAUAUAUAUUUUUAAAAUAUCUGUUUGUCAAUCUAGUGAAAAAGGGCAUUUUUUUAUCAACGUGUGAAUUUUAAUUUUUUAAUUCUUAAAAUUCACAUAUUGAUAUAUAUUUAUUUUAAUAAUAGAAAUUUGUACUUCUAGUUUGUAAGCAGUAAAUUUUAAACCUUAACUUUUUUGAAUUAUUUUUACUAUAAUCAAAAAUUCAUUCUCAAUCAGCAAAUAAUAUUUUCUUUUUUCAAUUUCUGUAAUUUUUCUACUUUGCUAUUGUAUAUUUUUUACAAAUGGAGAGUUUGUGAACAAUUUUCACGAAAAUGUUGCCUGUAAAUUAUUAUAAGAGUUGUGAAAAAAAACAUAAUUGUAAAUGAUUAUAAAUAAUAAGUGAAAAUAUCUUUAAAUAACUGAUUCAUAAUGGUUUUUUUCCAAUUUAUUCCAUUUAGAGUAUUUUUAAUAAAAAUAGUCAUUUUUCAUAAGUUUUGUUCAUUUAAUUUUUGUUGAAAAAGUGUAUAGUAAGAAUAUGAUGCUUUUAAAAUCUGCAACAAUUAAUAAAAUUAAUUUGAGAAAAUUUAAAAUUAUAAAUUUAUUUUUAAUUAAGAAUAAUUUUUUUCUUACCCAUAUAAAAACAUUGAGUCCAAAUUUAUUAUAGAACAUAUAAGAGACAUAAGCUUGUCUUUGGCUUCUUUGAAUAAUGAAAUUAAUAUCUUUUUGAAAUUCAAUAAUUUGCUUUCCCCAUUUUAUCGUCAUGUAUAUAAUAUUUGAAAUUUGUAUACUCUGCAAAAAAUUGUAAUUAUAUUUCUUUUUCAUUGAUUAGGAAUAAUAAUUUAAUUAUUAAAUAUAAUUUGAUUUAUUUACUUCGUAGGACAUAAUUUCACUGUAAUAAGUCGUUAAAAAGAAUUUUACUACACUUAUAAUUAAAUAUCCCACUAAAGCACUGUUGGAAAGCUGAAAAUAUUACAAAUAUUACACGAAAUAUUUUUAAUGAAGAAUUUUAGAAAUUAUUAUUUUUUUUUUUAAUUACUUGAGUUGCAUUAAUAACUGAAAUUCCAAAUAGUAAUAAGCUGCUUAUUAAUUCCAGUAAAAUUAUAACACUCAAUUGUUGAUUAAUUUUACGAAUAAAGCUGGAAAAAGGAAAAAACACAAAAAUAAUUAACUUUAUUUAUUACUUUUAAUUAAUUUAAAUUAUUAAAGUGAAAUUUACCACAAAAUGUGAGCAUGAUGCUUAACAGUUUUUCUGAAAUUAAUUUUCACUGGUAACCAAUUUAUCAUUUGAUUCUUUUUAAAGUUAAUUUCCAUUUUUGUCAUUGAAAUUUGUUUUAUAAUUUUUUUAAAAUUUUCUUGACUCACUCGCAAUUGAUGAGCACAAUGAAUAAAUAAUGAUAUUAAAAAAAAUGAAAUUUGAAAAUCAAUGAAAAUCACAUAAAAACUGCAAAUACUUUGAUAUAUAUAGGCCACAAUAUAUUGUGAAUCAUUAUAAUAAUUAAAUGGCAAUGAUGAAUGAAAUGGAAUUAAAUUGCCAUUUAAAUUAACUCUUGGUUGUAAUAAUGCAAUUGAUAAGGGAAUUAUUGAUAUUAAACUUGCUGUAAUGUGUAAUUUUCUUAAAAAAAUUUCAAUUUUUACAUAACGUUGAAAUUUUUUUGUCAUUGGUAAUAAAUCUCCUUGUAUUUUACGAUUAAUGAAAAUAAAAAUUGUUGCCUUAAACCAAGCCGACACUGAAAUAUGAGCAACUGGGAAAAUAUCGACAAAAUUAAUCAAACUAAUUGAACGCGUAUAAAAAUUGAGUAAAUCAAGUACCGAUAAUGUUAAUAAAAAAUAUAAAAUUAAACGAUAUAGAAAAUUUAUAUAUCGUGAAGGAUUUGUUUCUUUUACUACGAUUAAACCUAAAAUUUGUAAUAUCGUCACGUUUAACGUUAAAGUAUUCAUUGUCGAAAUUCAAUACAACAACUGAAGAGAAUAAAUUUUUUUGGAUUCACUAAAA